UUCCCGUUGCCCCCCUGGCCAGCACUCCCCCUAACCCACACAAUGGGAUUGUGAAGGUGGACAUUGCUGGGGACUCCUGAACACUUGCACUCUGUGGAUGAUGGGUGACGACAGACUCUCUGAACACCCUGAACCCAUGGAAUUUCUCAACAUCUAUUUGGGAGACAACCUGCAGCCCCACCCAGGAGUGCAGCCCAUGGAUACAUACAGCCAUCUGGACCCACCUGAACCUUUCCGGGAACAGACCUGGGCGCCUGACUCUUCUGAUUCCACACAGAGGCGAGAUGCUUCUCCCAGGGGCUCCAGCACAGAGCCUGAGGGCCUGGGGAGUGGGUCUUCCCAGGGAGACCCAAGGCACAGCCACAGCUCCUCGACCCAGGUGAUGUUCUGGGCCGGUAUCCUGCAGGCCCAGAUGUGCGUCCUGGACCUGGAGGAGGAGCUGGAGAAGACCGAGGGGCUCAGGGCUGAGCUGAGGUCGUGCAUCCCCAAGGCCCCUGCGGACCUACCCCCUUUUUCCUCCAGCCUGGCAAGCCCCCUGGACUCGGGCCUUCACCCCGGGCCACCAGUGGAGGAAGCCUUGGGGGAAGACAGCAACAGACCUGAGGAAGAGAACCAGGCCCGGGUGUCAACAAGGGAGGGGACACCAAGCUCCUCCCCAGAGUGGGGUGCUGAGGAGGAGAGCGUGUUCUUUGACAACCCCCUCUUCCUGGAGAGCCCUUGCUCGGAUACCAGUGCUCCCCAAGCACGCUUCUCCUGGGGAUACCCGGAUUCCUGUGCUGACAUGAGGCCUGAGAGCCCGCAGAUCCUGGAGCCUCCCUUCCCAACAGGCAGGGUGCCAUGGGGGCUGGGAGAUGAGCCAGACUCAGGGGAGAGCAUGGCUGAUUCCAGUGGGCACACCACUCCUCCGUUCCCUGUGCCCACCUACAAAUCACACUCCUCCUCCUGGGCUGCACCAGACACCACCCAGCAGGCUUCCACAGCACCUCCCAGCUGGGGGGAGAGUGAGGGUGACUGUCUUGAUCCUGCAGCAUCUUGUGUGGACAAAGCAUCGGCCUGGGAAACAGGACAAAUCAGAUCUGACCCCAGCCCUGCCACUUAUCCUGUGCAUCCUUUGGCAAGUAACUUACCCUCUCUUGCUGAAGGCUGGCAAACAGAACAGGGUCCUUCCUGGCCCCAGGUGCCUCUUAUCUCCCAGGACAGAGGUGAUAGAGAUGCUGAGAGUCCCCAGGAGUCUGCUCCCUGCACCCCAGCCCCUGGCCCCUGGUGGGGCCCAGCCUCUUCGCCGGAGUCCAGCAGCCCGGAGCCUGAGAGCAGAAGCCUCGGCCCCAAACCCAGCCCAGUGUCCUCCUGGGAAGGCAGCCCGCAGCCCCAGAGCUGCCACACCAGCAGUGUUUUCCCCACGUGGACAAUAGAUGCUUCCCACCCGUCACUCCUGGAGACAGAUGGGGCACAGUUACAUUCCCUAGAGAGAGAGGAGGCCCGAGAAGCCCCAGACCCAGGGGAGGAAGUGAAGAUCGAGGGCCCUGCUGGCACUGCAGACGCCGGAGCUGUCCCAUCUGAUGCUCACCUGACUUCCACGGAAGGGUAAAGUCUGAGGACACUGAUGGACUUUUCCAGGCCUCCUGAGAGCCCCACGCCCCAAGCGAAGUCCCCAGAGGAGGGCCAGAGGCCGCAGGCUGCGGACAAGUUGGCUAACGGCGUCAGGACCGACAAGCUGGCCUGGGACCUGGCCUCCCGCCUCUAUCGCCUGGAGGGUUUCCGAAAAUCCGAGGUGGCUGCGCACCUUCGGAAGAACAAUGACUUCAGCAAGGCUGUGGCUCAGGAGUACCUGUCCUUCUUCCAGUUUGGCGGCCAGAGCCUGGACCGUGCCCUCCGGGGCUUCCUCCAGGCCCUGGUGCUCAGCGGGGAGACCCAGGAGCGGGAGCGCGUCCUGUACCAGUUCUCCAGGCGCUUCCAUCACUGCAACCCUGGGCUCUUCCCCUCAGUAGAUUCUGUGCACACCCUGACCUGCGCCACCAUGCUUCUUAACACGGACCUGCAUGGGCAGAACAUUGGAAAGAGCAUGAGCUGCCAGGAAUUCAUCAGCAACCUGAAUGGCCUGCAGGAUGGAGGGAACUUCCCCAAGGAGCUGCUGAAGGCCCUGUACUGGUCUAUCCGAAGUGAGAAGCUUGAAUGGGCCGUGGACGAAGAAGACAUAGCCAGACCUGAGAAGGGUCGGCCGUCACCCCUACCUGGCAAGAUGAACAACCCCUUCCUCCAGCUGGCCCAGGACCCCACAGUGCCCACCUACAAGCAGGGCAUCCUGGCUCGGAAGAUGCACCAUGACGUGGACGGCAAGAAGACGCCAUGGGGCAAGCGUGGCUGGAAGAUGUUCCACACUUUGCUUCGAGGGAUGGUCCUGUACUUCCUGAAGGUAGGAAGGGACCACGGCCCUGAGGGAGAGAGUUUGGUGGGGCAGAUGGUGGACGAACCUGUGGGGGUGCACCACUCGCUGGCCACGCCAGCCACCCAUUACACCAAGAAGCCACACGUCUUCCAGCUGCGGACUGCCGACUGGCGCCUCUACCUCUUCCAGGCACCCACCGCCAAGGAGAUGAGCUCCUGGAUCGCGCGCAUCAACCUGGCCGCCGCCACGCACUCAGCGCCGCCCUUCCCCGCAGCGGUGGGCUCGCAGCGCAGAUUCGUGCGGCCCAUCCUGCCUGCUUCCCCCACUGCCUCCUGCAUCUAGGAGGACCAGCACCGAUCCCACGAGAACUGCCUGGACGCUGCCUCCGACGACCUGCUGGAUCUGCAGAGGAAUUUACCCGAGCGGCGGGGCCGCAGCCGCGAGCUGGAGGAAUACCGCCUGCGGAAGGAGUACCUGGAGCACGAGAAAAACCGCUAUGAGACAUACGUGCAGCUGCUGGUGACCCGUCUGCACUGCCCUUCAAAUGACCUGGACCUGUGGGAGGAGCAGCUGGGGAAGGAAGCUGGAGGCACCCAGGAGCCCAAGCCCAGCCUGAAGAAGUCCCACUCGAGCCCAUCUCUGCACCAGGACGAGGCCCCCACCACGGCCAAGGUGAAGCGCAACAUCUCAGAGCGCAGAACCUACCGGAAGAUUAUCCCCAAGCGGAACCGCCAUCAGCUGUGAAGCAUGUCACCUCACAGAACUUGGCCCCUGCUCUGGGGUGGACCUGGGAUUAAAACCCUGCGGGAACCCAUUUCAGUGGCACCAUGAGGGGGGUGAGGCCCCUCCCUUCCCUGCUGGAGGACAGCCUGUCUCCUCUAUCUCCCUCUCUGAGCUUUCCAGAUACUGCUCUGCCCUGCCCCCCAUGGCAGGUCAACUGCCCCAGUCCCUGGCCACUCCUGAGGGAGGCCAAAGAUUUGGCUCCAUU